AUGCCUUCAACUGGAGAUGGAGCUUCAAGUGAAGUUCAACAACAAAUUCCAGUCGCAACUACUGCCAAAAUAGAUCACAAUCAUCCCCUCUUUAUACAUCCUUCAGAUACUCAAGGUUCUGUUCUGAUUUCAAUUCAAUUGUUGGGUUCUGAAAAUUACUCUUUGUGGAGCAAAUCUUUAAAGCUUGUGUUACUAGGGAAAAACAAAUUAGAAUUUCUACUUGGUACUUGUAAAAAGGAGAUGUAUUCUGAAUGUUUACAUGAUGUAUGGGAUAGAUGCAAUGCAAUUGUUCUUGGAUGGAUUAUGAAUACUGUGUCUAAAAGUCUGAUUAGUACAGUGAUCUAUGGAUCUGAUGCUCAUUCAGUGUGGGAAGAUCUGCGUGAAAGAUUUGAUAAAGUAAAUGCAUCUAGGGCCUUUUAUCUUCACAAAGAAUCAGUUACUAUGUCACAAGGAACUUCUUCUGUGUCAAUCUAUUUUUCAAGAUUAAGAGAGUUAUGGGAUGAGGCUGAAACCUUGAUUCUUUGUCCUUCAUGUGCCUGUCCUGAGUCUAAGCAAUAUAUUGAACACUUACAAUUUCAAAAGUUGUGGCAAUUUCUGAUGGGGCUUAAUGAAUCUUAUGCUCAUGCAAGAAGCCAAGUCUUGAUGCAAAUUCCAGUGCCAAGUGUAAAUCAAGCUUAUGCUAUGAUUGUUAGUGUUGAAAGUCAAAGAAUACAUGGUGCAGGAAAUACAUUUGCAUCUGCAGAAGCUGUAUCUGAAACAACAUUCAUGAGUAAUAGAAUGCCUCCUAGUUCUUCUCAGUCUGUACAUGGUGGAUACUACAACAAUAAUACAACUUCCUCAGGAAAUGGAAGGGGAAUUUCUAAUUUUCAGAAUAAUGGAUAUAGAAAUAAGGGGUAUGGAGAUGGAAGAACUGGUUACUCUGCAGGAAAGACUCAACUCUAUUGUGAAUUCUGUCAUUAUAAAGGACAUACAAAAGAAACUUGUUAUAAACUACAUGGUUAUCCAAAGAAGAAAGGAGGAGUAUCUUCUUAUGCAAAUAAUGCUGCCUCUGCUAGUAAUGAGUCUGGAAUGAUAGACUCAACUUCAAGUUCAAAUGCUAGAAUAAAUGAAUCAUCUAAUGAUACUAGUUUAGGACAGGGUGUAUCAAUGUUUACUCAAGAACAAUACUAUGAGAUAUUACAGAUGCUGAGAAAAGGGAAGAGUAAGGAAGUGGAUACAAUGGCCAAUGUAGCUACUGCAGGAGUAUCUGGAACAUCAGGUAAGAUUACAGCUCUAAUGUCUGAUAUGUCACAAAUUAAUUGGAUUAUAGAUACUGGUGCUUCCAAUCAUAUGGUUCACAACUUUGGUUUAAUGAGUCAGUCAGCAAAUCUUGAUGUUCAGGGAGGUAUGAGAGUUAAUUUACCUACUGGUGAUCAGGUAUCUAUUAGCCAUAUUGGUGAACCUAUGAUUCUGAAAGACAAAGUAGUAAAGGAUGUGUUGUUUGUUCCAGAAUUCAAGUAUAAUCUUCUAUCAGUGUCACAACUAACAAAACAGUUGAGGUGUACAGUAGUAUUUUUUCCUGAUUUCUGUAUUUUUCAGGAUCUCUUCAAUGGGAGGGUCCUGGGGAUUGGUAAAGAGAAUCAAGGAUUGUAUAUUCUCAAUACUGCUGCAACAACUAAGCUUUCAAAUGAUCAAGGUUCUUCUGGAAAAUAUGCAAAGGAAGAUGCAUGUAAAAGGAAUCCUAUUAGCUUUAAUUCUACUGUUGAGUCUGCAAGUAGCUUAUGGCAUAAAAGACUUGGACAUGCUCCUCUCAAAGUGUUAAGUAGAAUAAAAGAUUUAAACAUUGUGUCUGUAAAUGAUCAACAUUGUUCUAUAUGUCCAAUUGCCAAGCAGUCAAGACUUCCUUUUCCUAUUAGUCUUUCUCAUUCAAGCUCAAUUUUUGAUAUUAUACAUGGUGAUGUAUGGUGA